ACUAAAAAAAAAAAAAAAAAAAAACUUUGACAAAAAAAAAAAAUGUCAUAUGGAUACGACGAUGAGGAUGCAAAGAGGAAAAAGAGAUAUGUAAUUAUCUCUAUCUCCUCUGUUCUUUUAAUCUCCAUGGUUGUCGCUGUUACCAUAGGUGUUAGCGUCAACAAGUCCGAUAACGCUGGUGACGAAGAAAUCACAACUUCUGUUAAAGCCAUCAAAGAUGUUUGUGCACCGACGGAUUACAAAGAGACUUGUGAGGAUACACUAAGGAAAGAUGCGAAGGACACAUCAGACCCGUUGGAGCUGGUGAAGACAGCUUUUAACGCAACGAUGAAACAAAUAAGUGACGUGGCAAAGAAGUCACAAACUAUGAUUGAGCUACAAAAGGAUCCAAGGGCAAAGAUGGCGUUGGAUCAAUGCAAGGAGCUAAUGGAUUACGCAAUCGGUGAGCUUAGUAAGUCGUUUGAAGAGUUGGGGAAGUUCGAGUUUCAUAAAGUUGAUGAGGCCUUGGUUAAGUUGAGGAUUUGGCUUAGUGCGACGAUAAGCCAUGAGCAAACUUGUCUUGAUGGGUUUCAAGGGACACAAGGUAAUGCUGGUGAGACGAUAAAGAAGGCGUUGAAAACCGCGGUGCAGUUAACGCAUAACGGGCUUGCAAUGGUUACCGAAAUGUCGAAUUACUUAGGACAAAUGCAGAUUCCGGAGAUGAAUAGUAGACGGUUGUUGUCCCAAGAGUUUCCUUCGUGGAUGGAUGCGCGAGCACGUAGGCUAUUGAACGCUCCUAUGUCCGAGGUAAAACCCGAUAUCGUGGUGGCGCAAGACGGAAGUGGUCAGUACAAGACGAUUAACGAGGCAUUGAAUUUUGUCCCGAAGAAGAAGAACACGACUUUCGUGGUUCAUAUUAAGGAAGGAAUCUAUAAAGAGUAUGUUCAGGUGAAUAGGAGCAUGACACAUCUAGUUUUCAUAGGUGAUGGCCCCGACAAAACUGUCAUUUCUGGCAGCAAAAGUUACAAGGACGGUAUUACUACCUACAAAACAGCCACCGUUGCAAUCGUUGGAGAUCAUUUCAUUGCCAAGAACAUUGCCUUCGAGAACACAGCCGGGGCAAUAAAGCAUCAAGCGGUUGCUAUUAGGGUUCUAGCAGAUGAGUCAAUAUUCUACAAUUGUAAAUUCGAUGGUUACCAAGACACUCUAUAUGCACAUUCCCACCGUCAGUUUUACCGUGACUGUACUAUCUCGGGCACAAUCGAUUUUCUCUUUGGAGACGCAGCUGCGGUAUUCCAAAACUGUACUUUACUGGUGAGAAAGCCACUUCUAAACCAAGCAUGCCCCAUUACAGCCCAUGGACGUAAAGAUCCGCGAGAAUCCACGGGAUUUGUUCUCCAAGGAUGUACGAUUGUUGGCGAACCGGAUUACUUGGCAGUCAAGGAACAGAGCAAAACUUAUCUUGGAAGACCAUGGAAAGAGUAUUCAAGAACUAUCAUCAUGAACACGUUCAUACCAGAUUUUGUUCCGCCGGAAGGAUGGCAACCGUGGCUCGGCGAAUUCGGUCUUAACACACUUUUCUACUCGGAGGUGCAGAACACUGGGCCGGGUGCAGCUAUCACAAAACGGGUUACUUGGCCAGGAAUCAAGAAGUUGAGUGAUGAAGAAAUCCUUAAAUUCACUCCAGCUCAAUACAUCCAAGGUGACGCUUGGAUUCCUGGUAAAGGUGUUCCGUACAUCCUAGGUCUUUUUAGUGGAAACGGUUCCACAAAUUCUACCGUAACUGGCUCUAGUUUGUCUUCUAACACAACAGAGUCAUCAGAUUCACCUUCGACGGUAGUAACUCCUUCAACUUCUCCACCAGCUGGUCAUCUUGGUUCUCCAUCAGAUACACCUUCAUCGGUAGUGUCUCCUUCAACUUCUCUGCCAGCUGGUCAACUUGGUGCCCCACCGGCUACACCAUCAAUGGUAGUGUCUCCUUCAACUUCUCCACCAGCUGGUCAUCUUGGUUCCCCAUCAGAUACACCUUCAUCGUUAGUUUCUCCUUCAACUUCUCCACCAGCUGGUCAUCUUGGUUCUCCAUCAGAUACACCUUCAUCGGUAGUGACUCCUUCAGCUUCUCCUUCUACUUCACCAUCAGCUUCUCCUUCUGUUUCACCAUCAGCUUUUCCUUCUGCUUCACCAUCAGCUUCACCAUCAGCUUCUCCUUCAGUUUCUCCUUCUGCUUCACCAUCAGCUUCUCCACAAAGCUCAAUCGGUUGAGAUGGAUUCGAAAACAGCGGCUAACUAGAGGUCAUGUGAUAUGUGAUUCCUACUCUAAAAGCCAAAAAAAAAAAAAAAAAAAAAAUCUAGAAGGUGAACAAUAUUUGACAAACCUCAUUUUUGGUUUUAAUAUAUUUAGGAAAACUUUGAGAACUUCAGAUUCAGUAUUAUAUGGUCUGCCAAAUUAAUGUGAAUAUGAGUAGCUUUGUAAAUUCAUGUUAAAUAUCGUCAUGUAUAUAUGUUGUAAAAUUUAUUAAAAUUAUUUAGUACAUCUUGUUUCCGAUGUAUCUUUUGCACUUUUU